AUGAGUAUCGAUCAGCAGAUAUCACAAUUGCUGUCCCAAGAAAGAUGCGGUGAGUCGCGUAAGCAGACUUUGAUCUUUGUGAUGGGUGAAAAUGCUCGUACUCACAUCGAGAAGGGUUUGUCGAGCGAACCGGGGAAGCUUUCAUCAGUUAUGGCGGUUUCAAGGAGCCGUCAGGAUAUAGAUGUUUUGUUUUUGAGUCGAUUACAAUAUCUUUUCAUGUACUUGAUGAAAUUCGAAGCUGUAGAAACAGCGAAUGGAAUCAAGUACAAUCAUUUUGUGAUUUAUGGCCUAGAUGAUGGGAUCAUGUCGAUGGAACGUCCUAUGCAAUUGCGAUUGGCAAAUUUGAUAUGUAAUGCGGCAUUCAGGAUCAAGAGAAAACACGACUUGUUAGACGUAAUCAUGAUUCCAUGGGAUGAACAGAGUGCCACAGCCAAGGAAUUAGCCAAAGUUGAGGAGUACUGGAGACACAUUUGCUAA